AUGACUUCGCGGCUCAAGCACAAACUCGAGCUCGAGAAUGUAAACCUCAAGAGCGCGUAUUUGAACGAGUCUUUCGUUAAGAUUGGAACACCACUGCCAGCGCUCAGCGAACACAAGAAGGACAAGCAGGAGUUCUUGCCAGCAUGGGAACAAGAGGUCCGAGAUGAGAAGGGCCGUCGGCGCUUCCACGGCGCGUUCACUGGCGGCUGGUCCGCGGGAUACUUCAACUCUGUGGGCUCGAAGGAAGGAUGGACUCCGUCCACCUUCAAGUCGUCGCGUUCGAACCGCUCCAAUUAUCAGCAAAGCGCUGAUGACUUCAUGGACGAGGAAGACCGGCAGCAAAUGAACGAGGACCGGCAGCUGCAGAACACCGAAACGUUCCAGCAUGACGCGUUUGCGGGGGAGCGCGAGCUAGGCGAUAAGAGUCUGUCUUCGGCGCUCGAGUCGCUCGUUGUCCCGGCCAAGUCCUCAAUUGGGCACUCGAUCCUGCAGAAGCUAGGCUGGCGACCGGGGCAGGGCAUCGGGCCCCGUGUGACGCUACGCAAGCUUAGGAUACAGCAGGGGAAGCUGGGGCGUGUGCGUGCCGGCCUCGAGACGGAGACCGACGACUCAACCGAGGCGAGCAAGCACAUGUACGCGCCUCGUGAUACGACAUUGCUUGUCUACGGCGCAAAGGACGAUAAGGAGGGACUGGGAUACCAGAAGGGACGGGGGAUGGGCGCGAUUCCGCGAAAGCGACCAACGUGGGGGGCGGGAGAGGACGAUGACGACCCCUACAGUGCAGACGCGACGGACCAGACGCACUACGUCUUCGAUAACGAGGAUGUCGGCGAUGAAACGAUUGUUCUUGGGCAGCCGGGUGCCCCUGAAUCCGGGGGAGAUGAGGCGCGCUCUGGUUCGAACACGGCCAGAUGGCACGAUGGCCGACCUGUGUUGACUGGCUUCGUGUUGGAUCCCAAGGGCGUGCCCAAGGAGACAUGGUGGGCUUUCCCUGACAUUGCAAGUGAUUGGAAGCCCAGCCCCACUACCGUGUGGGACGCGGCGAAGAAGUCGGACGAACAGCCUUUGCAGGGAACAGUGAACGGCGAAACACCCCGCGGGGCACCAGGACGGCUGCUCUCGCACGCGCAGCGCGGCGAAGCCCUUGGAGAAGAGCCUCGAGUUUCUGCCGCCAAAUCGGUGUGGGAGUACAUCUCGGAGAAGGAUCGCGAACGACUUCAAGCAUUUGCUGCGGCCGCUAAAUCGAAGGCAGUGCCACUGCCAUCCUUGUCGAUGGCGCCGGAGCCUGAGCUUCCACCAGAACGAGCUACGGACGUGGUCAUCCCGCCACUGUCCCCAAGGACGGCCUCUGCAGCUUUGCAAGGAUUCAUGCCAUACACGGACGACGGGCAGAAGCAAGAGCGAUACAGGUCAUACCUGCGGUCACAGACAUACAACACCAAGUCGCCGUUUCCCACCCUUCUUCCGUCCGCCAGUGUCGAUGAUAUCAACCAGGAGCUCGAGACGUUCGCACAGUCGGCGCGCAUCUUCCGCCCGAUGUCGUACGCCUUGUCGUCACGAUUCGCGUCCGGUAGCACGUCUCUCUCCAACAGCGACUCCAAAGUGCCCCGGCCGGGACUGCACCUCUACGACCCAUCCAAGGCAGCGGUCGAGUUCGCGAAGCCACAGCACACGGAGGUGGAAGUGAAGCAGAAUCUCACCCCAAGGGAACAGGCGGCACAUGACGGAGACUAUGGGCCACUGACGCGCGUUGUGAAGAACUUCUAUCCCGUCAAGCUUGUGUGUCGCCGCUUCCACGUUACCGAUCCUCAUCCCGAUGGCCCGCCUGAGGGGGAGAAGAGCGGGACAGCCACUCCUACCACGUUCCAAAGCGUCGAGCCCAUGUCGUUCGAAUCGCAGUUCACUCACCAGGCAGGGACAGAGGUGGAGAACGAUGUGCCAAUGCCGACUUCACGGGAGGACGGAGAGCACGUCCCAACCAGUUUGGCUGAGGUCGGUAUGGCAGAUGACGCAAACCAGGGCCGCGACAUCCUCACGUACACCAAGCCCAGCAUCGACAUCUUCAAAGCUAUCUUCGCCAGCGACGACGAGGAUGAGGACGAGGACGAACCAACCUCGAAAGCUGUCGCGGUUGUGGAUGAAAAGCCCAAGGACCCAUUCCCUGUCGAUGAAGGGCCGCUCGACUAUAACACCUUCAAGCCAGUGUUCCGUCGCGCCGGUGAUGACAAGAAGGACGAUGAGGGGAAAAGGAAGAAAGACAAGAAGAAAAAGCGGAAGGGCGUGUUGUCCUUUGAUGUAGGGGACGACGGAGACGAAGGAAUCUCGGUCAAACCCAAGAAGAAAUCUAAACCCUCGCGUAGGGAUGACGAUGCCGGAGUGUGGGUCGAGAAGGUUGCCCCUGGCCAGCAGCCUGAACCUGCUCCAACUCCCCUCUCUGCCGCCCGAGGAGGCGCUACCUCCGCACCUCCCGGCCAGCAAGAAGCCGCAGCCCGCAACCCUUCGCCUAUGCGAGGCGGCCGGAAGGGAGCGGCUGAUUUCAUGUAG